AUGGGGAGCCCACCAGCCAAGAUGAAGUUUUGCCCCAUCCACAUGCUUUCUGUAAGAAUCAUACAAGCUAAGAACAUCAAGUCAAGAGACCUGUGGACAGUUCCACUUUCCUGCCAAAACCUUGCGGGGCAAUGUUAUUCACUGCUUGAUACCAGUCUGAAGUAUUUAGGCAUCUUGGGCUGCAGUAGACAUCUUCAGUCAAGUCCAGACUCCAGCUCUGAAAGACAUCACCUUGGAGAUUUCCUUUCACACCGUUGUCAAGCUUCACAAAUGACUGCAUCAGACUGCUAUGUGCGCUUGUGGCUGCCAUCUGCUUCAAAUGGAAAGCUUCAGACCAAAACCAUCAAGAAUUCUGACAACCCUGUCUGGAACGAGACUUUCUACUUUAGGAUCCAGAGAGAAGUUGAGAACAUUUUAGAAUUGGCAGUGUGUGAUGAAGAUCCACUCACCAAAGAUGACAUGCAGUUCACAGUUCUUUUUAAUGUUGCUAGAAUCAGACCUGGGGAGACACUCCGUGAGAUAUUUGCUUUGAAAUCAGAGAAAGAGAGGUGCACUAAGAAAUGGGAAAGUUUGGAAGUGGAAUUCUGGAUGGAAAGAAUUCCUGGCCCUCCAGAGCACCUCAUUACCAAUGAUGUCCUAGUGUCCCGUGAGGUUUGCUGCUUGGAAGUGCAAGUGGGCAUUAAUGAAAGCAGGAAAUAUUUGAAAGAGGGUAAAAAUCUCGUGCUUACGGUGCCUGCAUCUCAUGAGGGAACACAGAAAACUACAGAGGACACAGAUACUUUCUACUUUCAUUGCGUGAAGGCUUGGGAGCCAGUUCUAAAAGUCAGGCUGCAGAAAGUUUCUGAUAAGGAAGAUGACAAUAGCAAUUUAAGUGACACCUUAACAGUACCACUGAAAUUUCUCCCUGUUGGACAUAAAGUGAAAGUAACCCUCCCUGUAAGACAUAAUGUGCCACUGCAGUUGUACCUCCAACUAAAUGAUUGCACAGAAAAACUAGAUGUACGCUUAGGGUAUGAUCUUUGCCGAGAAGAGCAAGAAUUCUUGCAAAAAAGGAAGAGAGUGGUUGCCAGUGCUCUGAAAAGGGUUCUUCAUCUGGAAAGAGAUCUACAUGGACAUGAGAUCCCAGUAAUAGCUGUUAUGGCAACAGGCGGAGGCCUCAGAGCAAUGUCAGCUAUGUUUGGCCACCUCUUGGCUCUUCAGAAGCUAAAUCUGUUGGACUGUGUUACCUAUAUCACUGGGGCUUCUGGCUCGACAUGGACCCUAGCAGACCUGUAUGAGCAUGCUGACUGGUCACAGAAGACUCUGGAGGGGCCACUUAAGGCAGUAAAAGAACAAGUGACAAAAUGCAAGCUCAACCUUAUGUCUAUAGAGCAUCUGAAGUAUUAUCACAAGGAACUCGCUGAAAGGGCAAAAGCAGGACAUGUGUCAUCUUUUACAACUCUGUGGUCGCUUGUUCAGGAAAUGUUCUUACAUGAACGGCCAAGAAAGUACAAACUCACAGACCAGCGCAAGGCAUUGGAGCACGGGCAAAACCCGUUGCCUUUCUAUGCAGUCCUCAAUGUGAAAGAGGAAAAGUUCAGUACUUUCAAAUUUAGAGAGUGGGCGGAGUUCUCUCCUUAUGAGGUGGCCAUACCAAAAUACGGAGCCUCCAUUCGUUCAGAAUAUUUUGACAGUGAGUUCUUCAUGGGAAGGCGAGUGAAGAAGCUGCCAGAAUCUCGGAUCUGCUAUCUGGAAGGUCUUUGGACAAACAUCUUUACUAGGAAUUUGCUGGAUGGCUUAUACUGGUCCUCAAAUUCAAAUGAAUUCUGGGAACGAUGGGCCAAAGAUAUGGUAGAUAUAGAAAAACAUUCCCCUGAGGAUGAUGUCACUAUCAUCGAGCCUCCGUCUUGUUUGUCAGGGAAGUUGUAUGAAAUGUUUCAGGACAUUAUGACCAAGCGUCCACUACUGGGAAAGUCUCAUAACUUCCUGAGAGGCUUAGAAUUUCAUAAGGAUUAUAUCCAUCAGAAAAAAUUUAUUGAAUGGAAAGACACUGUGCUGGACUCUUUCCCUAACAAUCUGACACCGCUGCAGAAAUAUCUUUGCCUGAUAGAUGUUGGCUAUUUCAUCAACAGCAGUGGUGCAGCACUUUUCAAGCCAGAGAGGAAUGUAGAUGUCAUUAUCUCACUUGAUUAUGGUUUGGGGAAUGUGUUCAAGCAAUUAGAGAUGACAUACAAAUAUUGCAAGAUACAGAAAAUCCCAUUCCCCAAAGUGGAGAUAAGUAAAGAAGAAGAGAAGAACCCAAAGGAAUGUUACGUGUUUUCAGAUGCAGAGGACCCCAGAGCACCCAUAGUAAUCCAUUUCCCCCUGGUGAAUGACACCUUUAAGGAAUUCAAGGAGCCUGGGGUAAAGCGCUGCCUCUCAGAGAUGGAAGAAGGCAAAGUAAAUCUGGAGAACAACUGCUCACCCUAUUACCUCAUUAGGCUAAUCUACUCCUCUGAAAAUUUUGACAAACUUGUGAACCUGAGCAAAUACAACAUCCUCAAUAACAAAGACCUGCUCCUCCAGGCAAUUCGGAGUGCCGUGGAACAGAGGAGAAGCAGCAGGACUGGGAUUUUCCCCAGCCACUCUGGAGCUGGAUACCCCUAG